GACAUCAGGCAACAGGUUGGGGUGCUCGCAUUUGACAGCCUGUUUCAGUGUAGUCAGGUACGUGAUUAAGGCCCACUUUUUCAUGGUGGAGUGCAAGUUUCUGUUGAUUGCCGUUCUCUGCGUCAGAUGAACACCGAAAUGUCUAAAAGAGGAGCACUGAUCGUGUUUGAAGGUUGUGACCGCUGUGGGAAGACCACACAGUGUAAAAAGCUUGUCGAGGUUUUGGAAAAUGAGAAGGAAGACGUUCAGUUCCUACCAUCUCCAGAUCGAAAGACUGUGAUUGGGAAGCUGAUCGAUGAAUAUUUAAAUGGCAAGUUAGAACUGGAUGAUCAUGUGAUUCACCUACUGUUCUCAGCCAAUCGGUGGGAGGCUGCCAAAAAGAUGAAGGAGCUGUUGCAAGGGGGGACAACUCUGAUAGUUGAUCGCUAUGCAUAUUCGGGUGUGGCAUACAGAGUCGCUAAGAAACGCAGAAUAGCAGAAUGGGAAAAACGCAUGCAGCGGCAAAGCACGACCUCUGCUGUACUGCAUGUUCACCAUGCCAUUCCUGUGUGUUCCAUACAUGUAUGUUUUUGGUGCUGGCAGGGUGGUUUGGCAGUGGACUGGUGUAAGCAGCCUGACGUAGGCCUUCCUAAACCUGACCUGGUGAUCUACCUGACACUUAGUCCGGAGAAGGCGGCUCGCAGAGAAGACUUCGGCCGUGAGAGGUUCGAGCAGAUAGAAUUUCAGAAGAAAGUGGCUGAAAGCUUUGAAAUUAUUCGGGAAAAAGACUGGAAGGUUAUAGACGCUGACAAGAAUAUAGAGGAUCUUCAUGCAGAAAUAAAAAGCUUGGUGAAGAAAACCAUGAAAGAUGUUCAGUGGGAAGACAUCAGAGCUUUGUGGACAUGAUAAAAGUACUGACUUUUUGUUGUUGAAACAGUGUUUUUAAAGACCAUGAACAAAGCAUUAUUAAGCACUUAAAAAGGUUAUUAUAUCCGGAGAGAUUUAUCAAAUUUCACUAUGCAAUUUAUCUGUUUACUUCUUUUUCACUUUUGUCCUAAUAAUAUUUAAGGUACUUAAAGUAGUUACAUGUUGAUAUACCCAUUUUUACCCAAGAAUCCUGUUUUUGUGUACUGGUAGCAUAGUCUUGAUUUUGAUAUGCCCAUUUUUGUCAUAAAAACUGUGAUAAGACAAGAUUGAAAAAUGUGAUAAGACAAGAUUAGAUUAUUAUGUUUUGUGAAAGAAUCCUGUUUUUGUGUAGCAUAGUCUUGAUUUUGAUAUGCCCAUUUUUGUCAUAAAAACUGUGAUAAGACAAGAUUGAAAAAUGUGAUAAGACAAGAUUAGAUUAUUAUGUUUUGUGAAAGAAUCCUGUUUUUGUGUAGCAUAGUCUUGAUUUUGAUAUGCCCAUUUUUGUCAUAAAAACUGUGAUAAGACAAGAUUGAAAAAUGUGAUAAGACAAGAUUAGAUUAUUAUGUUUUGUGAAAGAAUCCUGUUUUUGUGUAGCAUAAUCUUGAUUUUGAUAUGCCCAUUUUUGUCAUAAAAACUGUGAUAAGACAAGAUUGAAGAAUGUGAUAAGACAAGAUUAGAUUAUGUUUUGUGAAAGAAUCCUGUUUUUGUGUAGCAUAGUCUUGAUUUUGAUAUGCCCAUUUUUGUCAUAAAAACUGUGAUAAGACAAGAUUGAAAAAAGUGAUGAGACAAGAUUAGAUUAUGUUUUGUGAAAGUAUCCAGUUUUUGUGUAGCAUAGUCUUGAUUUUGAUAUGCCCAUUUUUGUCAUAAAAACUGUGAUAAGACAAGAUUGAAAAAUGUGAUUAGACAAGAUUAGAUCAUUAUGUAUUAUGAAAGUAUCCUGUUUUUAUGUAGCAUAGUCUUGAUUUUUUACCUGUGCAUAAAACACUAAUCUUUUUGUAUAAAAAGAAGACAAUUUUUGUUGACAUGGCUUGGUAAUACUUUAAAUCAACUUUUAAUUUGGAAUUUUUAUGUGGCCAUGGGAUGAACCUCAAUACUGUCAUCACUGCUACUGUACACUUUUAAAUCUGUAUGACAACUCAUUAAAAGAAAAGGCUUUUUUUAGUGUGAAAAAGGGCAAAAAAGGAAUCCAUUGAUGUCACAUCAGAAUUAGGUGUGUUCACGGAUAGAGUAGCUGUUUUAAAUCUAUACAUGUAAAGCAUACAUUUUAUCGACGUUAAUUCUUUUAAACAUCAUGAAAAUCCCCUUCAUGUAUUGUCACAAAGCACUUGAGAUGCCUUAUUUGACUCAUUCAGGCCAAACCAAGCUUAAUUGUUGUUUAAUAGGCAGAAUACUAAAAUCUUAUUUUCAAUGUUUGAUUUUUUUUUUUUUUUUUUUUGAUUGGUGUUUUACGCCGUACUCAAGAAUAUUUUACUUAUACGACGGCGGCCAGCAUUAUGGUGGGUGGAAACCGGGCACAGCCCGGGGGAAACCCACCACCAUCCACAGGUUGCUGGCAGACCUUCCCACUUACGGCCGGAGAGGAAGCCAGCAUGAGCUGGACUUGAACUCACAGCGACCGCAUUGGUGAGAGGCUCCUGAGUCAUUACGCUGCGCUAGCGCGCUAACCGACUGAGCCACGGGGCCCCUCAAUGUUUGAAGAUGGUGUAAAAAUAAAUACUUGAAAAUCAUCUGAUUGGUGGAAAAUGUGGAUUGUCCUGGCAGUUUUCCUGUUAAACACAUGUAUGUGCUUGGAAAGCCUAGAAGAACAGGAAUAUCGCAAAAACAUGGGGAUCAUAAAAAAAAUGGAAAGGUAGAAUUUCAGUUUUAUGCGUAUAUUCUGUUUCUGGAUUUUUAGGAAUCAGCUCCUCAGAAAACACAAAUUAUAAUUGGUGUCACCUUACAUAGAGGCUACAACAUUCCAAAUAAGAUACACAUUCUCUAUUUACACAAACUACUUGUAUUAGAAUAUGUUUUGUACAUAGUAUAUAUAUAUAUUCUAAUAACUCUGUGAUAGGAGAUUUGUGAUGUAUUUAUAGCCCAUAUUCUGAAUUAUUCUCUGUCAACCCAAAGUCUUUGGAUAAAAAAUCAUGAAGAAAACUCGA